UAUGCUCUCAAAAAUUAUUAUUGAAUAGCAGCUGGAAAUUGUCAUUAUCUCUAUGUACGCAAUGAGAGCAAUCUACAUUGCAAAGGGAAGUCCCUUGCUGCCACCAGCUUUUGCUUCUAUUUCUGAUGACUUAGCUUCAUCAUCUCUUGAUGCUUUCUUUGAUCCUUCUAGUGGGCUUCUUAAUCUUCCUGGACUCACCGUUGGUACUUUCAAACUCAUUAGUAAGUGUAUUGACGGUAAAGGGUUUUCUGGAACAAAAAGAUACUUCGGUGAUCUAGGAAAACUUUAAAAUCAGCAGGAUCAAAUAUCCUUUUUGCUGCUGUCACUGAAAUAUCAGACUCGGUUCUGAAUGGAACAGAAGCUAGCGGGUUAAACGGAAUGGUGUAUGGUUUUCAUCAAGGAAUACUUAAAUUGGCAAUGGAACCUACGCUAUUGGGGAGUGCUUUCAUGGAAGGUGGCCCUGAUCGAAAAAUUAGGCUCGAUCGAAGUCCAAGGGUUGAUGAGCUUUACAUUGAAGGGUAUCUGCAAGCCAUGUUAGAUACAUUGUAUAAGCAAGAAUACCUGACAGUCAGAGUCAUUGACAACCAGGUUAUCCUCAAGAACCUACUACCAAGCAGUUCUCUUAUAGAGGAGAUUGUGGAACGUGUGAAGGGAUUUCUUGUGAGAAAAACGUUGUUGAAAGGAGAUCCUUCAAUAGCUUCUCGCUCCUUGGGUCACAUUAGAGGGGAAUGUGCACAAGAUAAAGGUCCAAAUAUAUCCAAACAGCAGGACGUUGAACACAAAACACGAAAGUUUACUACCCUAAAGGAGACAUGAAAAAUACAUAUAGCAGUAAUUUACUCCGAGUAACAAAUUUCACAUCAAGAUGCUACACCAGCAAGAAUUUUGAAAUGUAUUAGACAAACUUGUAUAGCGAGUAUAUUUAGAUGGUUGUAGUAUGUAAAAUGUAAAUGCUAUGAUAUAUGUAGGAGGUAAGGCACAUGUCCCCCUCCUUGUGUUGGACAUGUUAUUGAAAUCUGCAUCAAGGUCUUAGUGAUUUAACCUUGAUGUGU